UGAAUUCUUCCCCAAGAAGAAUGAAAAGAUGGAGUUCCCCUUUGGGUCCGUGGGAACUACGAACUUCCGACGGUUCACUCCGGAGUCGCUGGCAGAGAUCGAGAAGCAAAUUGCUGCCCAUCGUGCAGCCAAGAAGGCCAAGGCUAAGCACGGAGAGCAGAAGAACCAGGAUGAGAAGCCCAGGCCGCAGCUAGACUUGAAAGCCUGCAACCAGCUUCCCAGGUUCUAUGGUGAGCUCCCUGCAGAACUUGUCGGGGAGCCCCUGGAGGAUCUAGACCCAUUCUACAGCACACACCGGACGUUCAUGGUAUUGAAUAAGGGCAGGACCAUUUCCAGAUUCAGUGCUACUUGGGCCCUGUGGCUCUUCAGCCCCUUCAACCUGGUCAGAAGAACAGCCAUCAAAGUGUCUGUCCACUCCUGGUUCUCCAUAUUUAUUACCGUCACUAUUCUGUUCAACUGUGUGUGCAUGACCCAAAGCGAUCUUCCGGAGAAAAUCGAGUAUGCCUUCACCGUCAUCUACACCUUCGAAGCCCUGAUAAAGAUACUGGCUAGAGGGUUUUGUCUAAAUGAGUUCACUUAUCUGCGAGACCCCUGGAACUGGCUAGACUUCAGCGUCAUCACUCUGGCGUAUGUUGGUGCAGCGAUAGACCUCCGAGGAAUCUCAGGCCUGCGGACAUUCCGAGUUCUCAGAGCCCUGAAAACGGUUUCUGUGAUCCCGGGACUGAAGGUCAUCGUCGGAGCCCUGAUCCACUCGGUGAGAAAGCUGGCUGACGUGACCAUCCUCACUGUCUUCUGCCUGAGUGUCUUUGCCUUGGUGGGCCUGCAACUCUUCAAGGGGAACCUUAAGAACAAAUGCAUCAGGAAUGGCACGGAUCCCCACAAGGCUCAUAAUUUCUCCUCUGAAAUGACAGAAAAUUACUACAUCAAGGACGGCACUACUGACCCCUUACUGUGCGGUAAUGGAUCUGAUGCUGGCCACUGCCCCAGUGGCUACGUCUGCCUGAAAACUUCUGGAAACCCUGAUUUUGACUACACCAGCUUCGACUCCUUUGCGUGGGCGUUCCUCUCACUGUUCCGUCUCAUGACGCAGGACUCCUGGGAGCGCCUGUACCAGCAGACACUCCGGGCCUCUGGGAAAAUGUACAUGGUCUUUUUUGUGCUUGUCAUCUUCCUCGGAUCGUUCUACCUGGUCAACCUGAUCUUGGCUGUGGUCACCAUGGCCUAUGAGGAGCAGAACCAAGCAACAAUUGCAGAAAUCGAAGCCAAGGAAAAGAAGUUCCAAGAAGCCCUUGAAAUGCUGCAGAAGGAGCAGGAGGUGCUGGCCGCUCUGGGGAUUGACACGGCCUCACUCCACUCCCACAAUGGAUCUCCUUUAGCCCCCAAAAACACGAAUGAAAGAAAGCACAGAAUGAAAUCAAGGGUGUCAGAGGGCUCUACAGAUGAUAACAGGUCACCCCAAUCUGAGCCUUACAACCAACGCAGGAUGUCUUUCCUAGGCCUGUCUUCUGGGAGACGCAGGGCUAGCCACGGCAGUGUGUUCCACUUCCGUGCGCCCAGCCAGGAGGUCACCUUUCCUGACGGGAUCACAGAUGAUGGAGUCUUUCACGGAGACCAUGAAAGCCAUCGGGGCUCCCUGUUGCUGGGCAGGGGUGCUGGACAGGCAGGCCCUCUCCCCAGGAGCCCAUUGUCUCAGUCUCCCAACCCUGGACAUGGGGAAGAGGGACAGCUCACAGUACCCGCUGGAGCUCCCGAAGGCCUGGCACUUGAGGCUGCGGGGCAGAAGAAGAAUUUUCUGUCUGCAGAGUACUUGAAUGAACCUUUUCGAGCACAGAGGGCAAUGAGCGUGGUCAGUAUCAUGACAUCUGUCAUUGAGGAGCUUGAAGAUUCUAAGCUGAGGUGCCCGCCCUGCUUGAUCAGCUUGGCUCAGAAGUAUCUGAUCUGGGAGUGCUGCCCCAAGUGGAUGAAGUUCAAGAUGGUCCUCUUCGAGCUGGUUACGGACCCCUUCGCAGAGCUCACCAUCACCCUCUGCAUCGUGGUGAACACCAUCUUCAUGGCCAUGGAGCACUACCCCAUGACAGAAGCCUUUGACGCCAUGCUCCAAGCCGGCAACAUUGUCUUCACGGUGUUUUUUACAAUGGAGAUGGCCUUCAAGAUCAUUGCCUUCGACCCCUACUACUACUUCCAGAAGAAGUGGAACGUCUUUGACUGCGUCAUCGUCACCGUGAGCCUGCUGGAGCUGAGCAUAUCCAAGAAGGGCAGCCUGUCUGUGCUUCGGACCUUCCGCUUGCUUCGGGUCUUCAAGCUGGCCAAAUCCUGGCCCACCCUCAACACGCUCAUCAAGAUCAUUGGCAAUUCGGUGGGGGCCCUGGGCAACCUGACCUUCAUCCUGGCCAUCAUCGUCUUCAUCUUUGCCCUGGUUGGGAAGCAGCUUCUCGGGGAGGCCUACGGCUGCCGCAGGGAUGGCGUCGCCCUGUGGAAUGGCGAGCAGCUCCGCUGGCACAUGUGUGAUUUCUUCCACUCUUUCCUCGUCAUCUUCCGGAUCCUCUGCGGAGAGUGGAUCGAGAACAUGUGGGUGUGCAUGCAAGUCAGCGAGAAAUCAAUCUGCCUCAUCCUCUUCCUGACUGUGAUGGUGCUGGGCAACCUGGUGGUGCUCAACCUUUUCAUCGCCUUGCUGCUGAAUUCCUUUAGUGCCGACAACCUCACAGCCCCGGAGGACGAUGGGGAGGUGAACAACUUGCAGGUAGCACUGGCCAGGAUUCAGGCAUUGGGCCAUCGGGCCAGCCAGGCCAUUUCCAGUUACCUCAGCAGCCACUGCCGGCCCCGCUGGCCCAAGGUGGAGGCCCAGCUAGCGGUGAAGCCCUCCCUCAGCAACUCCAAAGCAGAGAACCACAUCACUGCUGAUGCUGUCAACAAUGCAGGGGGGAGCCCAGCAAAGCCCGCUCUCGGUGGCCCCAAGGAGGAUUACAGGGACUUCAUCGCCGAUGCUAACGUGUGGGUCUCUGUGCCCAUUGCCGAGGGAGAAUCUGAUCUCGAUGAGCUCGAGGAAGACAUGGAGAGGAAUUCUCAGAGCUCUUGGCAGGAAGAGAGCCCCAAAGGGCAGGAACAGCUGCCGGAAGCCCAAAGCUGUGGAGACCAUGAAGCGUGUAAGAGCCCAGGCUCUGGGGUGUCCUCGGAGGACCUGGCUCCAUACCUGGGUGAGGGAUGGAAGUGUGAGGCCACCCCUCAGGUCCCUGCUGAGGGAGUAGAUGACACAAGCUCUUCUGAGGGCAGCACGGUGGACUGCCCGGAUCCAGAGGAAAUCCUCCGGAAGAUUCCAGAGCUGGCAGAAGACCUGGAAGAGCCAGAUGACUGCUUCACAGAAGGCUGCACCCGCCGCUGUCCCUGCUGCAAAGUGAAUACCAGUAAGUUCCCCUGGGCCACAGGCUGGCAGUUGCGCAAGACCUGCUACCGGAUCGUGGAGCACAGCUGGUUCGAGAGCUUCAUCAUCUUCAUGAUCCUGCUCAGCAGCGGAGCCCUGGCCUUUGAGGACAACUACCUAGAACAAAAGCCCCGAGUGAAGUCUAUGCUGGAGUACACCGAUAGAGUGUUCACCUUCAUCUUCGUGUUCGAGAUGCUGCUCAAGUGGGUAGCUUAUGGCUUCAAGAAGUAUUUCACCAACGCCUGGUGCUGGCUGGACUUCCUCAUUGUGAACAUCUCUCUGACAAGCCUCAUAGCAAAGAUCCUUGAAUACUCAGACGUGGCAUCCCUCAAAGCUCUUCGCACUCUCCGCGCCCUCCGACCACUGCGGGCUCUGUCUCGAUUUGAAGGCAUGAGGGUGGUGGUGGACGCGCUGGUGGGCGCCAUCCCCUCCAUCAUGAACGUCCUCCUGGUCUGCCUCAUCUUCUGGCUCAUCUUCAGCAUCAUGGGCGUGAACCUCUUCGCCGGGAAAUUUUCCAGGUGCAUCGACACCAGCAGUAAUCCGUUUUCUGUUGUGAAUUCGACCAUUGUGAACAACAGAUCGGAGUGUGACCAUCAAAACCAUACUGGCCACUUCUUCUGGGUCAACGUGAAGGUCAACUUUGACAAUGUUGCUAUGGGUUACCUCGCACUUCUGCAGGUGGCAACCUUCAAAGGCUGGAUGGACAUUAUGUAUGCAGCUGUUGAUUCCCGAGAGAUUGACUGCCAGCCUCAGUGGGAGGACAACUUGUACAUGUACCUAUACUUCGUCGUCUUCAUCAUUUUUGGCGGCUUCUUUACCCUGAAUCUCUUCGUUGGGGUCAUUAUCGACAACUUCAACCAACAGAAAAGAAAGCUAGGGGGCCAGGACAUCUUCAUGACGGAGGAACAGAAGAAGUACUACAACGCCAUGAAGAAGCUGGGCUCCAAGAAGCCCCAGAAGCCCAUCCCGCGGCCCCUGAAUAAGUACCAGGGCUUCGUGUUCGACAUCGUGACCAGGCAAGCUUUUGACAUCGCCAUCAUGGUCCUCAUUUGCCUCAAUAUGGUCACCAUGAUGGUGGAGACAGACGACCAGAGUGAGGAGAAGACAAAGAUCCUGGGCAGGAUCAACCAGUUCUUCGUGGCCGUCUUCACGGGCGAGUGCGUGAUGAAGAUGUUUGCCCUACGCCAAUACUACUUCACCAAUGGCUGGAAUGUGUUCGACUUCAUCGUGGUGAUCCUGUCCAUUGGGAGUCUCAUUUUUUCUGCAAUCCUUAAGUCACUUGAAAGUUACUUCUCCCCAACGCUCUUCCGGGUCAUCCGUCUGGCCAGAAUCGGCCGCAUCCUCAGGCUGAUCCGAGCAGCCAAGGGGAUCCGCACCCUGCUCUUCGCCCUCAUGAUGUCCCUGCCCGCCCUCUUCAACAUCGGCCUCCUGCUCUUCCUGGUCAUGUUCAUCUACUCCAUCUUUGGCAUGGCCAGCUUCGCUAAUGUCGUGGAGGAGGCUGGCAUCGACGACAUGUUCAACUUCAAAACCUUCGGCAAUAGCAUGCUGUGCCUUUUCCAGAUCACCACGUCAGCCGGCUGGGAUGGCCUCCUCAGCCCCAUCCUCAACACGGGGCCCCCAUACUGUGACCCCAAUAUGAGCAACAAUAGUGCUUCCCGAGGGAACUGUGGGAGCCCAGCGGUGGGCAUCGUCUUCUUCACCACCUACAUCAUCAUCUCCUUCCUCAUCGUGGUCAACAUGUACAUCGCCGUGAUUCUGGAGAACUUCAAUGUGGCCACAGAAGAGAGCACAGAGCCCCUGAGCGAGGACGACUUCGACAUGUUCUAUGAGAUCUGGGAGAAGUUCGACCCAGAGGCCACGCAGUUCAUUGCCUUUUCUGCCCUCUCGGACUUUGCAGACACACUCUCUGGCCCUCUUAGAAUCCCAAAACCCAAUCAGAAUAUAUUGAUCCAGAUGGACCUGCCAUUGGUCCCUGGAGACAAGAUCCACUGUUUGGACAUCCUUUUUGCCUUCACAAAGAACGUCUUGGGAGAAUCUGGAGAGCUGGAUUCUCUGAAGACGAACAUGGAAGAGAAAUUCAUGGCAACUAAUCUUUCCAAAGCAUCCUACGAACCAAUAGCAACCACCCUCCGGUGGAAGCAGGAAGACAUCUCGGCCACUGUCAUUCAGAAGGCCUAUCGGAACUAUGUGUUGCAGCGCUCCUUGACGCUCUCCAACCCCCUGAGUGUGCCCAGGGCUGAGGAGGAUGAAAUGUCACUCCCUGGUGAAGGCUUUGUUACAUUCAUGGCAAACGACAUCAGUGGGAUCCCAGACAAAUCAGAAACUGCUUCUGCCAUUUCGUUCCCCCCAUCCUAUGAUAGCGUCACCAGGGGCCUGAGUGACAGGGUCAACAUUAGCACAUCCAGCUCGAUGCAAAAUGAAGAUGAAGCCACCAGGAAGGAGGGGAACAGCCCUAGACCUCAGUGA